UUUUCAGUUUUAUUAGGUAUUGGUUGCGGGUUAGGUAUUGAAGCAAGUAAUCAAAUGAAAUUAAUUCAAGAUAUAUUAGAAUCUUAUGAUAGAAAAACUAAGCCUACUUGGGAUAAUAAUAAAGCAAUUAACGUCACUUUUUCAAUGGAUCUUUAUCAAAUUUUGGAAUUGAAUGAACCUCAACAAUUUUUGUUGUUGAAUUCUUGGAUUAUUGAAAGAUGGCAUGACGAAUUUCUUUUUUGGCAUCCAGAGGAAUAUGGAAAUAUUACAGAAUUAAGACUGCCUUAUGAUUGUAUUUGGUUACCAGAUACAACACUUUAUAAUUCACUUGUGAUGAAAGAUGAUGAUUCUCGCAGAUUAUUAAAUGCUAAAUUAACAACUAAUAUAACUAGAAAAGCAGUUUUAGUAGAAUUAUUAUAUCCAACAAUUUAUAAAUUUUCUUGUUUGCUCAAUUUGCGUUAUUUUCCUUACGAUUUACAAGAAUGUACAAUGACUUUUAGUUCCUGGACAUAUGACAGUAAAGGAAUUGAUUAUUUACCUUAUUCUGACAAUAUUGGAACUUCUAAUUAUUUGGAAAAUGAAGGAUGGUAUUUAUUAAAAACAACAAUACAAAGAAAGGAAGUUAAAUAUAGUUGUUGCCCAAAUAAUUAUACACUCCUAAAAUUAAAAUUAUAUCUGAGACGUAAACCUCUCUUUUAUUUAAUCAACUUAAUUAUACCUACAGCAAUUAUUACUUUAAUUGCUAUUGUUGGAUUCUUUACUACAUCAUCUGCUAGUGGAAUGCGUGAAGAAAAGGUAUCAUUAGGAAUUACAACACUUCUUUCAAUGUCUAUUCUAAUGUUAAUGGUUAGCGAUCAAAUGCCAACAACUUCCACAUUUAUUCCUUUAAUUGGCUGGUUUAUUCUUGGAAUGAUUGGUGUUAUAAGUAUGGGGACACUUGCCUCUUCUUUUGUUAUUGGGGUUCAAAAAAGAGGAAGACUUGGUGAAAGAUUAACACGUAGAUCUGUUAAAAUAGCUAAAAUAUUUGGAAUUAUUUCUUUUACUGAAGUUCCUUUACAUUUACGGAAAGGCACGCAAGAAUAUGCCAAUGCUCCCCCACCAUCAGAUGCCUACAGAAAAUCUGUCAAAUUAGUUAGAAAUUUGGCUGGCCGAACAGAUGUAGACUCUUCUUCUUUUAAUCCAACAUUAUUUCAACAUCCAUUUAAAAAAGAAGAAAAUAAAAAACGUUCAGUUUUUCAACAAAUUUUUAAUAAUAAAAAAGGAAUUAAAAGUAAUGGAGGAAUUUUGGGAGAAGGAGAAGAAUUAAAUAACAAUAAUAAAAUACCUACAGAUAAAUCUACUGAACCUUUAGUGGCAGCAGAAAUUGUAAAUCAACAUCAAAGAAUAAGACGAAACACAGUAGAUGAAGGAAGUCAAACAAUUUCAAGACAUUCAUCAAAACAAUUAAGGAAAGGGCAACAUCCCCCACCAUUAGCACCUUUUAGCCUUUCUUUGAUUGACCAAAACGAUGAAAUUGAUAGUCAAGGAAGUGAGUUAGUCACUCCAAUAGUACCAAACCGUUCGGCAGCAGCUCAAAUGGAAGUUAGGCAAGCUGUUGGUCUUUUUAAUGAAAAUCUUCGACUUAGUCGGCAAUUAGCACAAAAAGAAUAUGAAUGGUUAGCGACUAUAUUGGAGGUAUUAAAUACAUAAACAUUUUAUUGAGUGUUACGGAAAAAAAUUAGAAAGUUUCUACAAGUGCGAGUCUUUUUUUUUAUGCUCUUCAAAUCGAGUUGAGCAUUUUGCAACCCUACUUUUUAGUAUUAACUCAAUGGGAAAUUCACUUUUUUC